AUGCAAAUUCUUAUUACAAAUGGUGCUUUGAUCAAUGCUCAGGAUUUUCACAAGCAAACACCACUUCAUAUUUCUUCAAUUUCUAAUUGUAAAGAAGCUACUGAAUUCCUUCUUUCACAUGGCGCUAAAAUAGAUUUGAAAAUGACUGGUGGAGAGAGUCCUCUUCAUUAUGCAUCUUUCCAACAAAGCCUUGAUACAAUGGAACUACUUAUAUCACAUGGAGCAUAUAUAGAUGCUCCUGAUAAUAAAGGAGAUACUCCUCUUCACUGUUCAGUUGAUAGAAACAAUAAAGAAUCUGUGAAAUUUCUAAUUUUACAUGGCGCCAACAUCAAUGCAGAAAAUAAAGAGGGGAGAACACCUCUUCAUUUAGCAGCUUUAUCUGACAAAAAAGAAAUGGUAGAGCUUCUUUUAUCUCUAAGUGCAGAUAUCAAUGCAAAAAAUAAUAAGGGAGGAACACCUCUUCAUUUAGCGGCCAUGUCUAACAAAAAAGAAAUGGUAGAACUUCUUUUAUCUUUAGGUGCAGAUAUCAACGCAAAAGAUAAAAAAGGAAGGAAUGCACUUCAUUUCGCAGCAAUGAAAAAUAACUUAGAAAUUGUAAAAUUCUUUAUUUCUAACGGAUUAGAUAUCAAUUCUAAAGAUAACAAUGGAAAGUCUACUCUUGAUUUAGCGAAAAGAAAAUGGGCCUACAGAACAGAAUCUUUUCUUAAGAAGCAACUAGGGAUCGUAGAUUUAAAAUAA